AUGGUAAAGACCGUCACAAAUUUCUCUUCUAUUCUUAAAAUGUACACCCACCGUAACGCACGCGUCAUUAAUGCAGGAUUACGUCUGGCUCCAAAAUUACCAUUUCUUACCCCACAAGCGCCCACUGCAGUCCGCUCAUCAAAGCAGUUGAUACCCGCAGUCAAAUCUCCCAAGAGCUUUUCCAUCAUGUCCGCCCGGCAAGCCAACAUCCCUCCAAUUCAGAAGGCACAGCUCUACGAUCCAGAGAUCACCGAAAUUGCCAACUAUGUUCAUAAUAAGGAAAUAAAGUCUGAGCUUGCUUUUGAUACAGCUCGAUUGGUAUUUCUCGACACUAUUGGAUGCGGUCUGGAAGGCCUUAGAUUUCAUGAGUGUGCGAAACUUCUUGGUCCUAUUGUCCCUGGAACAAUAGUUCCCAACGGCACCAAGGUGUUCGGUACAUCUUACCAACUAGACCCAGUUAAUGGGGCAUUCAAUAUCGGUGCUAUGAUAAGAUGGUUAGAUUAUAAUGACUGUUGGCUGGCUGCCGAAUGGGGACAUCCCUCUGAUAAUCUCGGUGCAAUCUUAGCUGUUGCGGACUGGAUUUCUCGGACUAAUCGAGCGGGUGGAAGCCUUGGCCAGAAAAAAGUUAUCACCAUAAGAGAGUUGUUAGAGGCAAUGAUAAAGGCACAUGAGAUCCAGGGCUGUCUUGCACUCUUGAACUCCUUCAAUAAGGUUGGUUUGGAUCAUGUCGUUCUCGUCAAGGUCGCAUCUGUCGCGGUUACCUCUAAAUUACUUGGGCUUUCGGAACAGCAAACUGCUGAUGCUAUUUCUCAAGCUUGGGUUGAUGGCCAGAGCUUAAGAACCUACCGACAUUCGCCUAACACUAUGUCCAGAAAGUCAUGGGCCGCUGGUGACGCGUGCCAACGGGCCGUAAAUCUUGUCUUGAAAGUCAUGAAAGGCGAGCCUGGAGUUCCCUCUGUUCUGUCCGCACCUACCUGGGGGUUCUACGACGUAGCCUUUAAGGGCCAAGAUUUCAAGUUUCAACGCCCGUACAGUAGCUAUGUUAUGGAGAAUGUCCUUUUCAAAGUUUCAUAUCCUGCUGAAUUUCAUUCCCAAACAGCGAUCGAGGCAUCUAAAAAGAUCCACAAGCAGCUGUUAGAUCUAGGUAAAUCUGCGGCUGACAUCAAAGAAGUGGUGUGCCGGACUCAUGAAGCUUGCGUUCGUAUAAUUGAUAAGCAGUUCAAGCCGAUGGAUAACUUUGCUGACCGCGAUCAUUGCAUUCAAUAUAUGUGUGCCGUUAUGCUGGUUUUUGGCCGUCUAGAAGCAAGUGAUUACACUGAUGGAUGCGAAGCAGCCAUCUCACCACUGGUGGAGUCUCUUCGUCAAAAGAUCAAGUGUGUGGAAGAUCCUCAAUUCACCCGUGACUAUCAUGACGAAAAUUUACGCACUAUUCCAAACGCCCUCCUUGUGAGACUAAAUGACGGUACAGUCCUCGACGAGGUUGUUGUACAUGCUCCUCUAGGUCAUAAAGUAAGGCGAGAGGAAGCGAAACCCGAAAUACUGGCCAAAUUCAGGAAACAUUUAAGUCAUCAUUAUAGUAAAGAUGAGGUGGAGAAACUUGUGGAACUUGGCAAUGAUGCCAAGCGAUUUGAAGCCAUGGCAGUUGACGAAUAUAUUGAUUUGUAUGUCAAGCCAUAA